UAGUAAACAAUUAUCAAUCGAGUAUUCAAAUGWGAAGUAUUAUAAAUUUAAAUAAUUUUUACAAAUACAGAACAUUUUUCUAUGAAAAAUUAUACGUUUAACAUUCUAUCUCAGUUAUUAUAAUAUACAUUUGAAAAUAUGUAUCUGUGUGCACGUUAAUCUUAGUUCUUACAAAAUGGUGGUAUAAUUGGGAAAAAAAUGCAGUCAUAUUUACAUGAUUAACAUUCGAAAACAUUCAUGAUGGACGUUUCUCAUGCACCACAAUACUUACCCGACUUAGUUUUGGACAUAAUAUUUUCAAAUUUGGAAGUGCCAGACUUGUUUAACUGCAUGUUAGUCUGUCAAAAUUGGUAUAGAGUGAUUAAUCACGGCAGAGCAGAGCCAUGGAAACUUAUGUGUCGUCGUAAGAUACCUGAAGAGAUACUGAAGUCAGAACUUUUGUCACAACUCCACAGCUAUAAAGCUAAGUUACGCGCCUUAUAUCAUUCAUGGAAUCCAGACGAUUGUUCCAUGCACAUUGUCGUCAAACAAAAUGGUUUCACUUUGCAUCGCAAUCCAGUUGCCCAGAGUACAGAUAUGGCACGAACUAAAAUUGGUUACAACAGCGGUAAACAUGUGUGGGAAAUAACAUGGACUGGACCACUUGGUACAGUUGCUAUGGUUGGCGUUUCAACAAAAGAGGCUCCAGUGCAUUGUAGUGGUUACUUACCUCUAUUGGGUAUUGACAAGCAUAGUUGGGGUUGGAACUUAAUCGAUAACGUUUUGUUACACAAUGGAAUAUCACAUGGAAACUACCCAUUGUUAAACAAUGCUCCUAGGUACCAAAUUGGUGAAAAAUUACAAUUAGUACUAGAUUCUGAAAAUGGUAUUUUGCACUUUGAAAAAUGUAAUGAAUUUUUAGGUAUAGCUUUUAAAAACUUACCUAAAACUAAAUUAUAUCCUUCGGUGUCAGCCGUUUAUGGCAACACGGAAAUUUCAGUAGUAUAUAUUGGUAAGCCUCUAUAUGGUUAAGUAAACAUAGUUUUUGUAAGAAUUUAAUCUUAUUGAAUAUAAAAUACUGUUUAACUAGGGUGGCGUUCUGUAUAAAUUGAAAUAUUUAGUUCUAGUAUCUGUACUAUGUUUAUACUUAUAUUUAAUUGUAUUAUAAAAGUAAUUAGAUAUUCAAAAUGAAAACAGGAGAUUAAAAUUUACAGUUAGAAAUUACAAGUAAAUAUCUUUUUAUAUUUAAUUUUGUUUAAAUGAUAAAUUUAAACUUGGUAUACCAUAGAUGGCGUACAUUUUCCAGGUCAUAUACUAAAAUUGUAUAAUCAGUUUAAAAAUGUUUUCACUGCUGAAAAAUCUGUGUCACAGUUGAUCAAUAUUUUGCAUGUAUAAAUAUGUAUUGUUCAAACAUUAAGUAUUUAUGACCAUUUUUUAUUAUGUUCUUAAUGUUGUAUUUUUAAUUUACAACUAAAUUUAUUGAUGUAGCUAAAAUGUUGGUAAAUGUAGUAAAGCACCAUAGGGCAAUAAUGAUUUUUUUUUGAUUAUUUUUCAUUAAAUACAAUAUCAAACAUUGAAGUAUAUGUAAUAUAAGUAAUAUGUGUUACAGGUUUGCCACCCUCUGUCAUAUUUUGAUAGUUUAAAUAUUAGAUAUGUUAUUUUUGAUAUUUCUAUUUGAAAAAAAUUCUCAGUUUUCAAA